AUGGCUUACCAAUUACGUCGUCUUGGCCAAGGCAGCUGGUCGGAAAUCAGCGUCAAGAAAGGAGCGAAGCUUGAGUUUGCCAAGACAGAGGAGUGGGACAUCGGACCUAGUGUUGAAGGGUCAGACGGCACUGCCCCUGGUGUCGCCUCAGCAGUUUUUGAUGACCCCCCUGUGGCCUUCAACUACUUUGCGGUCACCGUCGGCAGAGUCACAACCAAGGACCAGAUGACAGCAGCAGCCCUAGGGUCAGGGCAAGAAGACCAGUACUUGGAAUUGUUCGAUUUCUUGAAGAUGAACACCAAGACACAGGACCUCCGUCAAAGACUCCGAGGUGGCUGCGCUGUCAUAUUGUUUGACAGCGCAGAGGAUGCAGCGUCAGCAGCAUGGUUGUUCAUGAAAGGAUGCAUGCCUAUCGUAAACUUGUUGAAGCUCAAGUUCAACAUGCAAGACACUUUACUCGUCGCAUCAGUGUCAGUGAUCCCCUCGACCAGUUGCCUGGUUCCCUACAGCAUCCUCCACGGCGAACCGUACCGUAUCAACGACAUCUUGAAGAGUGCCCAGGUUACUGGUUUGACAGGUCACUUGACCGUUGCGGGAGAGUCAAACUUCGUCGACCUGCGUCGGCUUCGUGCGGAGUCCGUGCAGUCCAGGCCAUGCAUGAAGCGUCAGUACAUCGAAACACUGAAGAAGGAGAUUGCCAAGGAGACUACAGGUUUGCCCGACGAAAAAGCCUCAGCGUCAGGUGAGGGUCAAGCCUGA